CCAUGUUACCGUCCCCCCCCCGGUGCUGAGGCAGGAGGGAGGCGGCGCGGCCGCGCUGAGGCCCCCGCCGGGAGGAGCCGGCCCCGAGCCCCCCGCCCCGGCCCCGCGGCUCCCCUCAGGCCCUCCCCAUGGCCGCGUGGUCGCGGGAGGCCGUCCUCAGCCUCUACCGGGCCCUGCUGCGGCGGGGCCGGGCGCUGCGCUACACCGACCGCGAUCUGUACCGGGCCGCCGUCCGCGCCGAGUUCCGCCGCCACCGCGGGCUGCAGCGGCCGGAGGACAGGGAGCGGCAGCUGGAGAAGGGGCAGGCUUUCCUGCGGAGCGGGCUGGGGGGGCUGCGCUAGGCCUCCCGGACGCUCCCGAGGCUCCUCCUGCCCCCCCCACGGCCUUUAAUUGCCAAAUUGGGCCCCGUUGGUUAAUGCGUCCUGCCCGCCGCCGCCCUCACGGAGCCCCGAAGGUCCCGCCAGGACGCCUGUGCCCUGUGCAAAUGCUGUAGGUCACAGGUGAGAUGGCAGGCGCUGGGCAGCGCAAAGGCAAGAAGGACGACAAUGGCAUCGGCACGGCCAUCGACUUCGUGCUGUCCAACGCCCGCCUCGUGCUGGGCGUGGGGGGAGCGGCGAUGCUGGGCAUCGCCACGCUGGCCGUCAAACGGAUGUACGACCGGGCAAUCAGCGCUCCCAGCAGCCCCACGCGCUUGAGCCAGUCGGGGAAGAGGAGCUGGGAAGAGCCCAACUGGCUGGGGUCCUCCUCGCGCCUGCUGUCCCAGGACAUGAAGACCAACCUCAGCCGCUCCCUGCAGACCCUUCCCACCGACCAUUCGGCUGCGGACGCAGACUUUUUCCGACCCGCCAAGCCCAAGCCAUCUGCCAAGAGGAGCCAAGCGGAGCUGAAAAAAUCCCGCCUUCGCCUAUCUCUGCAAGAAAAACUCUUCGCCUAUUACCGGAGGAAGGUGGCGAUCCCAGCAGAGGAGCAGGCCCGGGCCAAGCAAGCAGCCGUGGACAUCUGCGCCGAGCUGCGCAGCUUCCUCCGCGCCAAGCUGCCGGACAUGCCCCUGCGUGACAUGUACCUCAGCGGCAGCCUGUAUGAUGACCUACAGGUAGUGACAGCUGACCACAUCCAGCUCAUCGUCCCUCUCAUGCUGGAGCAGAACCUGUGGUCGUGCAUCCCCGGGGAGGACACGAUCAUGAACAUUCCUGGCUUCUACCUGGUGCGUCGGGAAAACCCGGAGUACUUUCCCCGUGGGAGCAGCUACUGGGACCGCUGCGUGGUGGGAGGUUACCUCUCCCCCAAGGCUGUGGCGGAGACUUUUGAGAAAGUCGUAGCUGGCUCCAUCAACUGGCCAGCCAUCGGGACGCUCUUGGACUACGUCAUCCGUCCGGCGGCUCCCCCGGCGGAUUUGACGCUGGAAGUGCAGUACGACCCCGAGCGGCACCUUUUUAUCGACUUCCUUCCCUCCCUGACGCUGGGGGACAUCACCCUCGUGGCCAAACCCCAUCGGCUGGCCCGCAACGACAACCUGUGGCGACUGAGCCUGCGGCCGGCCGAAACGGCUCGCCUGCGGGCCUUGGACCAGCGCGAUUCCGGCUGCCGCUGCUUGUGCCUGAAGAUCUUCAAAGCGGUCUGCAAGUCGAACCCGGCCCUGGCUCACCUCACCGCCAGCCAGCUCACCAACGUCAUCCUGCACCUGGCCCAGGAGGAGCCCGACUGGUCGCAGGACGUGCUGGCCGACCGCUUCCUGCAGGCGCUGAAGGGGCUGAUCCGCUACCUGGAGGCGGGCGUCCUCCCCAGCGCCCUGAACCCCAAGGUGAACUUGUUUUCCGAGCUCACCCCGGAAGAAGUGGAUGAAUUGGGCUACACCCUCUACAGCUCGCUCUCCGAGCCAGAGGUCUUGCUGCAGACGUAACGGGGGGCCUUACCCGGGGAAACGCUGCUAGGGGUUUAGCCGAGGUGGACUUGGAUGACUGCGAAAUGUGUCUCCUCCACUUCUCUCUCUCUCUCUCUCUCUGUCUCCUUUUGGUUCGUUAUGAUUUCCUGCUGUGGAGUUGGUGCUCCCGCUGGAUUUCUUGGUGCUACCGGUCCAUUUCCACCGUCUCUGCCCCGACAGGUACCCAUUGGCUAGGGAAAAGAGGCUGAAACUGCAGCCCUAAGAUCUCUGCAUAAAUUCUGCUGACACUCGAGUAUCUACAAAAACAAAAAAAACACAUUAACUAUGCACCUCUUUCUCCUGUAGUGUGCUCACUGCAGCGAGUCCAUUCUGGUCUGAAGAAGGUGGAAGUGGGCUGGUGAAUCCAGUGACAACUUCAGCAGACUUGCACUGAGGUCCUUUCCUUCCCUCCAGCCUGAUUUUUGUCCUCACGUUUCUUUCUCUCGGCUGUACCACGCUGUCUCACUUUCCUCCUUUUUUUCUUUUCUUUUGUUUUUUGGUCACUUUGACCCAGUCACACAGGGCAGACUGAAUGAGAUGUUCCGGAUAGGGCUGCGUGUUGUGUUUCUGACUGAAAUAACGAUUACACUGACAGGAUUUAGCGCUGUAGCCCUUGGAAGAGGGCAAUGCCCGUGGCUCCUGCCCCUACAAAACCUUCUCAUCCCUUGUGAUCUGGGUGCAGGAGUAAGGCCUGGGGCUUGUCCAAUCUGCUGCAACAACCACCAGUGGGGGCACUUCUCACUGAUGCUGUCGCAGGGGAGGGAGAAGCUUUUGUGGUCUGGCUGUGCGACGAAGCUGAAGGAGGAGGGCUUGCUGUUCCUGCUCAGCCAGACCUGCUGGGCGCUGCUGCUGGGAAUGGCCCUGUGGGAAGGGAAAACUGCUCCUCAGGUGUCCUAAAGGAAGAGAGGCUCCUCAGGGGGAGGGCUGGGGGAGGCAGGUGGGAGCAGGGGCUUUCUUCUCCUCUUUUCCCUGAGGUUGUUCUGGUUUCUAGGAGGUGGAAGCAGCAUGCCUCACACGGUUUUCUAACGAGCACGCGUCAGCCAGGUUCCGUAGGUCAGUAAAGCCAACAGGACUGACCUGCUGUCACCAGAAAGGCUCUGCUCCUUGUGCUGGCAUGAGGCCGCCUUCGCCCUUCCUCAUUCCCUGUGGGCAUCCCAAAUGGUGCUCUCAGCCUUGGGUACAGAAACACAGCUGCUUUUACCUGCUUUUCCCCAGCUUCAGCAGCUUUUUCCUCCCGCUGUCCAGCCUCCCUAGCCAAGAGAGGCCAAGUUUGGAGGGAGCAAGUACCUUUUUCUCUUCCAUUCCUCUCAGGACUCACUCCCCUUUGCCAGGGAGCUUUCAAGGUGAGUUUCAGGAGUGGAAGCACGGAGGGGAGUCUUCAGCCAUCAUUUUCUUUCCAGAGGCAGUGCUGGUGAGGUGAGGGGGGGAGCAUCUUUCCCGGACAAUCCGUCCAUUUUAGCCGGCGUGUCAGGUGGUUACGUUUUAAAUUAUUUAAUCCUCAGCGCACCGGUACCUUCUAGACUGCCAGGUGCGUACUUCAAAGCGUGUGUGUGUGUGUGUAUAUACAGUCCGUAGUGUAUAAAAGGUUAACAGGAAUUCCGUUUGUAUGAUUUUGUGUUCUGUAAGUUUGGCAGCAGUCACUGUUGGUCAGUUGUUGAUUGCUCUUCACUCUGGUUCCCCUAUUUUUCCCCCCUCCUCCUUUCCCUGCCCUCCGCUGCCUUUCUGAUGUCAGCCUUCCUACCCUAAAAGCAGACAGAUGAGACUUGGGGCCCGCGGGCCACUUGGGGAAAUUCCCCUUUCUCCUAAUUACUUGAAGGUCAACGAAAAUAUUAAAAUCUCGGGGUUGUCAGGAGUUCCCCUUAGGUUCACUUCCUCGGUGUGAUCUCACCCCUCACUUGGUGCUGACUCCAGUGCUGUGGUCUUCAUGCAGGGUUGAGUAGCAGCAUGGUUCGGAAUGAUCAAAACUGUAGAUAAAAAAAGAGAGAAAUAAGCAGGAGGAAGCCACUGUCUUGAGCUGGCUUAAGCACAGUUGCCACAAACAUAUCUGUUGAUCAAUUUUUUUACACGAACGCUUUUACUUCUUCCUGGCAACCUAAUGAAUUAAUAUUUUAUGGCCAUUUCUUGCUGCUAUCGAGCUCAAUUUGUGUAUCAAAUGGAGACUGAAGCUGCCUUUUUGCCUUUUCUGUAGACUUUGCUCCAUUUCACUUGAAUCACUUCUUCCCUUUUGGGUUUUUCCCCGCUCUGAGCUAGCCACAAGCCCGUUGUUCUGGGGAGGGGAACGCUCCCUUCCUGCAGGCAGCCGCCGCAGGGGGCAACAGCUGCUGUGGCAGCCUCAGCAAAGGCCAAAGACGUCUGGGGUCACAGGGACACUGCAACCAGGAGCGUUGCCAGAGCAGGGGCAGGCACGAGGAGGCAGGGAGGAAGGAGCAGGGCGGCUAUGCAAGAAAUUCACACUCGUGCUGCACCCAGCUUGUGCAGGGACGUUGUGGAGCCUUUGGAACUGGCACCUUUCAGUAUUAAAUGUAGUACAGAGGUCGGCACGGAGCCACGAGGGCUGGCUUAGAGGUGGCUUCCUGCCUCGUCGCAGCUGCAGCACGGAGCAGGAGGACCUGAAGAUGAAUGUGAGAAGGGCAGCUCCCGGCCACCUUCCUGGCCGAGCAGCUCGGAGACAAAUUGAUUGUAAGAGGCCCAGGGCGCGCGUUGCCUGCUCGCUGCCCGGGCUCCGGGAAUGCUGUGGUGUGUUCUGGUGUAACUUGACUCACACGAGCUUUCCACAAAACCAUCCUCUUGUUCCCUGUAACCGCAGGGCGAGGACCAACUCGCUCGGCAGUGGGUUUUCGCCGCUGCCGAGCUCCACCACUAAUCCUUUUGACUCGGACUGAUUUCUUUUCAAGUGUUCAAAAGCAAUGAUGGCACCAAGAGGCUACUCUCUGCCUCCUGGCACGCCGCCCUCGCUCUGAGCGUGUGGGUACCCGCAGUGUGAAGUGAAGAGAUGACGCCCCGUCUCUCCCAGGCCAGCAGGCUGUGGAUCUGUAAAAGGGGAAAGUCUCAAGUGCAUGGUCUGUGACACGAGUGCGUGAAAUUCGGAAAUAAAAUGACUUUCCACGGUAA